AUGGACAAGAAGGCGAUGGAUCGAGUGAGAGCUCAAAGAAGAGGACACAGUGGUGAUCACUAUUCAUCUUCUUGCCAAGAAAUAACUGACAUCAAAGCGAGACGCAAUAUUUUGAAACAGACAGAUGGAUGUUUCCUUUGUUUACGAACUGGUCAUACUGCUCGGACAUUCUCAAGCAUCUGUUCACCAAUAUCUGUCCAUUUUGAUGUCAAACAAUAUCCUUAUCUUCAACAUUUAGACCUCGCAGAUGACCCAGCAGAACAUGACUCGUCACAACGUACAGAUAUUCUAAUCGGAGCUGAUUAUUAUUGGUUAUUAGUCACUGGGGAAACGAUUCGAGAAUCAAAUGGUCCAGCUGCAGUGGAAAGUGUUUUUGGUUGGCUGAUAUCCGAUCCAGUUGAGUCUCCGUCCGACAAACAUGUAGUUUCAAAUCUCAUCAUCAGCAACACUGUGAACUCUUUGAAUACAGAAGAAUCAAGUACAGAGUUAAUAGACAAUUUGAGAUCAUUCUGGGACACUGAGGCAAUCGGCAUAUCAGUUAUCCUGAAGAACGACAACACCAAGAGGACUUUCUGGAAAUUAGCCAGAGUCACAGAACUUUAUCCCCGAUGCGACAACCAGAUCCGAUCUGCAAAAAUCCAAGUAUUAUCGUCAACAGACAAAAACCCUAUAACCCUGAGACGACCAAUUCAACAUCUUAUUCCACUGGAAGUGCCAAGUCAGAAAGAGUUUUAUGACUUACGGUUUGCUGUGGAAAAGGAAGAUGGUUUUGUUAUAACUGGCUAUAGUGAAUGCAAAGGAGGAGCUGAUGGUGCAUGCAGACAUUUGGCCGCAGCUUUAUAUGCUCUAGAAGCAUUCGAGGUUUCAUCAUGUACUGAUGGUGAAAAUAUGUGGAAAAGGAGACCACGACAACAAGAUGUAGCCAUACCAAUUCGCAACUUACAACUUGUUAAACCUCAGUAUGGGAUCUAAACCUCAUAGUGACAUGUUUGAUCCUCGAAGCACUGAACAUCGCUCAAAUACAACAUGGGAACAGAAAAUAGAAUUUGGUUUAAAAUUACAACAGAUUUCUGAUAAUGCCCAAGCCCUUGAUCUCCUACUGGAUCCAGAUACUAUCAGACCAUCAUUACAACAGAAUUCGGCUCCUGACAUAAUACAUCUUUCAAUUUUUGAAAAGGCUAAAUAGACUGUGAUAAAGAGGAAAAUGUCGAGAUGUUAUCCACAAUAUUUUUGGAAUCAUUCAGCUACACCGCAUCAGAGGUUUCUGAGAUAUUUGAAAAAACUUCAGGACAGGCAUGUAACAAAUUAUGGUUCAAAGUGCGAAAAGGUCUUUUACCAGCAUCAAAUUUCCAGCAGGCAUGUAAAUACACAGAUCAAGAGCGGAAAAUUUCCAGUCUUAGGAUGCAGUGUUGAUGGUAUGUGCAUUUGCAGAUGUACUCCCAAACACCCUAAAAAAAUAAUUGAAAUAAAGGGCCUAUUUUCUCACAGAUUUUCAAAUCCCAAAGAUGUUGCAGUAUUUAACAAUUGUAAGGUGGAUAAUGUUAUGGUGGAAUGGUUAGUUACCCCAAAAUGUCCUUAUUAUGCUCAAAUUCAGGGUCAACUUGGUAUUUAUGGUCACCAGUACGCUGACCUUGUCAUUUAUACUAAAUGUGGCAUUCAUGUGUCAUCUGUGACCUUUGAUAGGGAAUAUUUCUCUAAUAUGAUUGAGAAAUUGACUUUGUUUCACAAGAAGUAUCUUGCACUAGCAAUUAUAAAGAAAUGCAUACUUGCAGAAUAUGCUACUUGAAGCACACAAAACAUUUAUUGUUUACAACUACACAUUUAAUAAGUUAUAUAGAAGUAGAACAGUUUCAUAAAAUUAUAAUAAAUGUAAAAUCUUUGGUAAUAUCUCUAUUUACAGGCUUCUAUUCCUUAUUUAUGUACAUUUACUGAGAACUGCAAACUACUUACAACUUUUUAAUGUUAUUUUCAGCAGAAUAUAUGUUAUAAGUUUAUAAAUAAUCAUUUAUGCUGGCUAAGAUAAUUUGUUUAAUAUACAAUACAUAAAUUCUAAAUCACAUCGCUCUAUAGCCACGCCUCCUGACUGCACUACUUUCACUGAAGUUUCCUUUAUAAACACGUUUUUUGUAAAGUUUGAUUAAUGAACAGUUUACAAAGUUUUUCUUACAUAUAUCAAGUCAAUUCUUAAUUAAAUAACACAUUUGUUACCACAAUACUUGAAUGCAUGCAAUAUUCAUGCACAAUAAUAAAUAAUGAGAAUUAUACAUGU